AUGGUAGAAGGAACAGUGUACUUUCUGUUGGCGCAACCUUUAAAUAGUGAGAAAGUGCUUACUACAGCAAUGAUUGAACUCGUAUACACACGUGUCUCUACUCUCAGCGGCGCCUACGAAGUCCCACAGGUUGUUCUUGCCGAUUGGGAGCAGUCAAUGAGAGCCAUCUUAAGAUCCAUUGACGAGUUGCACUUAAAUAGGGUAUAUAGAACAAGAUAUGCUUUCGUCCAAAUUUUCAAGAAUUCUACGGUAGCCUAA